GGCGGGGUUGUGAUAGUUCAUUAUCCCUUGCAUCACGAUGGUUCUCGAAUUUCAGGUAGGGUGAUACCGAUAGGUGGAUCCCCCUCUACUGCGCCUUUGGAAUAUCUGGGGAUGGCAAGUCCAUGGUAUCUAGCUUUCCCUAUGUCAGAUUUCUUCUGCCAUUCGCCGUUUUCAUCUAAAACUUCUGUUGACAUGUAUUAUCUCUCAUUCUGUAUGCAAGUAGUAUCUUCAUCCGGACUUUCUGAGAAUUACAUCUGCAAGACUCUCUGGAUAUGGCAUUAAGGAUUACUUUGUCUGGCAUUGCUAUCCUUGGAGCGGUCGUUGAUGCUAUACCAUCUAUCGCAUACCCCAUCAAUUCUCAAUUCCCUCCUAUUGCGCGCGUGUCAAUACCAUAUUCGUAUACAUUUCCUCAAUCAACAUUCACUUCAACGUCCCCUCUCAGCUACAGCUUAGCGGACUCGCCUCAAUGGCUCUCUAUUGAUAGUACUUCUCGAACAUUAUCAGGCAUACCAUCUAGUAGUGAUACUGGCAGUGGAGCAGUAACGGAGGUCAUCUUCGGAGUGAUUGCAAGCGACUCCUCGGGAUCUGUGACGUCGAAUACUACUCUAGUAGUGUCCAAAAACUCGCCACCGACAAUUAAAAUAUCAGCCCAAUCACAGCUUGCUUCAGAAGGGCCUUUCUCAGCACCAUCAACCUUAUUAUACCAUCCUUCGUCAUCCUUCGAGAUCAGCUUCGAUUCGGCAACAUUCUCAAGUCCCAGCGGAACAGCUCUUAAAUACUACGCUUUAACAGUCGAUGACACACCUUUGCCUUCUUGGGUUUUUUUCGAUGAGAAAACCCUUACUUUUAGCGGUCAAACACCAGAGUAUGCCUCUCUCAUACAGCCACCGCAGACUUUCGGAGUCCAGCUCAUUGCUUCGGAUAUAUCUGGAUACUCUGGAGCAUCGAUCCCUUUCAACAUUAGAGUUGGGGUGCAUCUGCUAGCAUUUAGCACGGUAAAUUUGGUUGUCAAUGCUACACCAGGAGUGGAGGUCAAUUACACAGGUCUACAAAACAGUCUGCAACUUGAUGGGCAACCCGCCAAUGCUUCAAGUAUAGUUUCAGUUACUGCUCAAACGCCAGAAUGGCUUGACUUCGAUAACACGACUCUCAGUCUGAUCGGAACACCACCAUCUGACGCCAUCUCGUACAAUGUCUCCGUACAGGCUAUAGAUAUUUAUGGGGAUAAAGUUAAUACUGUGGUGCUCAUCAAGAUAGCUACAGCAUUAUUCGUUGGUCCUAUUAAAGAUGUGAAUGCAAGUAUCGGAUCUAAAUUCUCUAUCAGCCUUGGUGCUUAUAUUGGAAACAAUUACGAUACUACGUUAACGGCACAAGUGUCUCCACCAACGGAUUGGAUAUAUUUUGAUGCUCAUAGUUUCAGGAUAUGGGGAAAGGUGCCUACAUCUGUUAAACCUUCGAACAUCAAUAUUACACUUACAGCAACCUCCAAGACAUCCAAACGCUCUAGCUCUGAAUCUUUCAAUUUGGCCAUUCAAGCAUCAGAUGGCUCCUCACCCACAAACAGUCCAUCAGCAUCGGGUACAUCUGCAACAUCCGGUGUCAAUUCACCUGCAAGUGCGAAUUUGAGCAAAGGCGUGAUAGCAGCAAUCGUGGUUCCAGUAUUGGUUGUCUUCAUCGCACUCAUCCUCUGUCUGUUUUAUUACCGCAGAAGACGUUCUAGUCCCUCACUACGUUCAAGCGGACCUUCCAAAGAGGAUAUCUCAGGUCCUAUAAAAAGCAUGUCUAGCAUAGAACGAGCAUAUUCUACCAAAAAGAUUGCACCACUACAACUCGAUACCUCUGGCUUCUCUAUCGAUGCUAGUUCUAGUGUUUAUACAUCAACUACUCCCAAUAUCGUGGUUCAUGACAAUCGCAAAUCGCUCCGGCGCUCACAAACUUUGGCUCCAAAGUCGAAGUUUCGCGAAUCUCAAAGCUUUGGAAACAGGGCGCGUGCAAACUCAGAAAAUGCAUUGAGUAAGACCCCGAAUCGGAGUACAUGGAGGAAUACUCAAGAAACGGAUUACACUUUGGAUAGUUCGAGAACAAAUAGUACUAACAUGCUGCAACGGAACUAUUCGAAUUACUCACGGAAAGGAUAUACAAGACGAUCACAAUAUGUUGUUAGCAAUGAUCCAAGGCUGAGGAAUAGUGAGAUGAACCAAUUUGGCAGCCAAAGUCUCUUUGGCACCAAUCCUUCUGAUGGUACAAUAUUGAACUUGUCAGAUAGUAAUUUUUCAUCCUCUCCUUUGGAUAACUUCUCUGUGUUAUCAGGAGAUUGGAGUAAGGCAACCCGAGCACCUCUUGCGCCACGACAAAACAAACAAAGUCAGAAUAACGAGAGAAAACGAGCCCAUCGUAAAUCAACAACUCGAAAUCUCAAUUUCGCAUUGGCAGAAGGUGUAGAUAAACGGCUAAGUGGACUUGGUCACGGAGCUCGAGAAUCCAUUUCUUCAUUCGAUGUCCUAAAUACACCAGGUCGUAGGGGAAGUAUAGGACAUGGUCAACAUCCUAGUCUCGCACGCAAUUCCCGCACGUGGAAAACUGUUCACACUCUUGAUAUGGAUGUUGAUAAACAUCGCAGUGCAACAAGCGUAUACUCAACUACCUCCACUGACCUUCUGAAAUUUGGGCACGCAACGGUAUCGCAAAGUGGCGGCAAGGAAAUUUUAGGCAUAAAACCCGUACCUAAGAGUCCUCAUGCCCCAGCACCAAUUUGGGAGUCGGAAACAGGAGGAAAUAGUAGAAUGUCGUAUAGUAGCAUCAGCACACGACCAGUCUCUCGUCGUGGGGGCGCAUCUCCCUUCUUCAGCGGCGGGGGAAUGGCUUCUGUGCGUCGUAAGGCAAGGAGAAGUUAUGCGGAUUCGCCAACGGUGCCUGAAGAAGUGCAGAUUGGCGAUGAAGUACAAGCCGCUGGUACGGGUACCAAUAACGAUUCGCUGGGAAUAACAUAUCCGAAUGGAUAUUCGAGCGCUAAAGAAGGUACCAGACAGUUGAGAUCGUAUAUCCAAGCUACAUUUAGUAAAAGUAGAUUGAGGGGGAGUGACAGUUUGGUUAGCUUAGACAGUAGGUUCGAGAGUGUGAGUCCGAGUAUGCAAGAAUUACAGAUUCGUCAGGAGCAAGUGCCUGAUUCGGGAAAUGCUUCUCAGAAUCAGAGUAGACAUAUGCAGCUUUUAGAAAUGGAUAGGAGAGAAAGAGAACGAGAACGAGAAAGAGAGAAGGAAAGAGGAACAAGACAACAAACCACGGAAACAGAAAAUGGUAGCGACAUCCUCGCCAGCGAAUUCAGCGCCGGCAGCUGGGAAAGCAUGGGCGAAAGCACAGAUGUAGAUUCGCAACCAAAUUUCAUACGACACGGCACUACCACGACGAUUCCCCAAAUCCCUCAACUUCCCACUUUGGGCGGUAGUACUAGCGGAUCUGGAAUCGGAGGUGGAAGCGCAACGGAAAAUACAACGAGAGCAAGAAGUUCCACACUCGCCAUCCCGCACUUCUCGCCUUUCCUAUCUAAUCCCUAUACCCCAGAUCUCGGAGCCCAAUCCGCAGAUUCCAUCUGGCACGAGCAAAAUCCAUCACUGCGACGAUCUACCGAUGCAGAUAUAAAAGAAGGUUCUCAUUACCCCUCAACCUCUCAUCCGAUAUCCAAAGAAAAAGGAAAAGACGUCAAAUCCGACGACAGAACCCGGGAAGAAUCGCCCACGAUGGGAAAUUUGAUCGUGGGACCUAAUGCGCGCAUGGUGAUGGGAGCGGGACGGAGACCCGUCAGUGUGGAUGCGAGGGAGAAUCGGAGAAUUGGGAGUACGAAGGCGAGGAUUGGACGGCAUGCUGAAGGGGGGGUGGGGAGCGAGGGCGAUUUUAGCGCGUAUAUUUGAUUUGGUUUGGUUUGGGAUGAUGUGAGGGGGAGAGGAAGGGGUAAUUGGGAUUUGGGAUUUGGGAUUGGAAUUUGGUUUGUGUGAUGGAUGAUUUUUGGGUUAUUUAUUUUGCGUCUUGAGAUGAGGAGGAAUGGGUGAGAGGGAGGAAGGGGGAAGGGAGGGAAGGAGUUGCAUAGGAUAGAGUAGAAUAGGAUAUGAUAUGAUAUGUUAUGAUAAUACAUUAAGCCAUACA